GCCAAAUCGAAUCGGCGGCGUCUUGGCUGUGAGUCCAGGGAAAGGGAGCCGGGCAGCCGCUGUCCGUGGGAAAAAUCACUUCUGUGAAUGACAAAUAGUGCAACAUGACAAAACGUGAGGCUUUCCUAGGGACUGUGUUUAAUGGUGCCAUUGAGGAGUUUUUGCAUUUUAUCCAGCUUCAUAAGGAUACCUCAGAUUCCUUUGAUCUAAGUGAACUGCUUCAAGAGCUAUCAAGAAAGCAAAAGGAAGCAUUGUGGAAGAGAUUAAAGGACUUGUUAGCAAAGGUUUUGCUAGAUAACCCCAUAGAAGAAUGGCAGAGAGUGAGAGAAGAAAGGGACGAUGCUCUGGAAACGGAAAAAAAUGCAACAAAGGAGCUAACUACAGCUGUGAUUCAAGGUGUAGCAACUAUAGUUACUGCAUCCAUUCCUACAGUAGAUGAAAAUGUUAACAUCAAAGCUCUUUUAGAAUGUGCUCUGAUAUUAAAUGGCACGCUUUAUGCAUUACCUGAUUCUGAAAAAUCUCUGUUGGGAGCCAUUCAGCGCCUGUGCGAAUGCUGGUGGGAAAAGGGACUGGAAGGAAGAGAACAAUUUGGGAGAACGGCUUUUGUUAUGCUUCUGAAGAGGAGUCAGGGGAAGAAAGUUGUGGGGGCAGAUAUAACCCGUCUAUGGCACCACCACCGGGCUCUGCUGUGUUUCGAUUAUGACUCAGAAGAGAGUAAUGAAAUUAAAGAUUUGUUACUUCAGUGCUUUAUGAGUGUUGGCCAUAUUAAAAAGGAAGAGGGAAGAAGAUUCUUGAGCUUUCUUUUCACAUGGAACGUAAAUUUCAUUAAGAUGAUACAUGGGACUGUUAAAAAUCAACUGCAGUGUUUUCCUAGGUCCCUGAUGAACCAUGUUGCUGAGAUUUACUUCCGAGCCUGGAAGAAGAGUUCAGGGGAGAUAACAGAGGUAAUUGAACAUAGCUGCAUUCAGGAUUUCAUGCAUCAUGCAAUUCACCUUCCCCGGAACUCUCCUCUACACGCUAAAGUGCGAGAGCUGCUGAGCUAUUUCCACAAACAAAAUAAAUGUCGCCAAGGAGUUGAAGAAGUUCUUUAUAGACUUUAUCAACCUAUUCUUUGGAGAGCUUUGAAGGCCAGGAAUUCUGAAGUCCGUUCAAAUGCAGCAUUACUUUUUGUUGACGCGUUCCCUAUUCUGGAUCCCAGUCUUAACAAAGAAGAUAUGGAUAAAGAAAUCCAGAAGCAAUUUGAUGAACUUUUUGCUCUCUUAGAAGAUCCUCAACCCUUAGUCCGCUCAACAGGAGUGCUUGGUGUUAGUAAAAUAGCAUUUAAAUAUUGGGAGAUGAUUCCUGCAGCAGUGCUUGCUGAUCUUCUGAAAACUCUGAUUGAAGAUCUUGCUUUUGAUACAAGUUCGGCUGAUGUCCGAUGUGCUGUUUUUAAAUGCUUGCCUAUGAUUUUGGACAAUAUACUAAGCCACCCAUUACUGGAACAGCUCCUGCCAGCCCUGAAAUACAAUCUCCAUGACAAUUCAGAGAAAGUUAGGGUGGCUUUCGUUGAUAUGUUGCUGAAAAUUAAGGCUGUGAAGGCUGCAAAGUUUUGGAAAAUUUGUCCUAUAGAGCACCUCUUAACUCGCCUUGAGAUUGAUUCGCGGCCCGUGUCCCGACGGCUAGUAAAUCUUCUGAUCAGCUCUUUCUUGCCUGUCAAUCAACCAGAAGAAGUGUGGUGCGAACGCUGUGUGGCACUCAUCCAAAUGAAUGCAUCUGCAGCCAGAAAAUUCUAUCAAUACGCUCAUGAGUACGCUAAUCCCACCAACAUAGCUAAACUGAUGCUUACCAUUCAGAGCUGUUUGAACGCCUGUAUCCAACAGCAAUUAAAGGCAUCUGAAAGUGGGGAUGAGGACAGUGAGAAAGAAAACAUGAGCGUAACAAAUAAUGUACUUUCAGUUGAUGACAUACCUUCAAUGGCUGGCUUGCUUGAAGUUAUUGUAAUUCUCUGGAGGAGUAUUCAGAAAGCACUUGAUCGCAAUGAAGAAGCAAAAAAUCAUAUUGUCCAAAAGUUUGCUUCUGUGCUACCGGAAUAUUUAAAAAUAUUUAAGGAUGAUCGUUGUGUGUCUCCAAUAAUUAUUCUGGCAUCUUUCAUCUCACCUGCUGCUAUUCCUACAUUCAGCUGUGGUGUGAUUUCAAAGCUGAAGAACCUGGAAAAUGGCGUGACUGAAAAGAAAUACUCUCCCCUACUUGACUGUCUGUGUCGCUGGGGCAAAUUAGGACAUAUUCUUGAAUUAAUCUGUGAUUGGAUAACAGCUGAGCCAAGCAAGAUGGAGGCUAAUGAGACUGAACGGCGAGUACGUAUCCAAGAAACGAAUGAGCCCAAACCGGAAUUGGCCCUUGAUUAUUUAGAGUAUUUACUGACUCAUUACAUGAAUCGAGAUUGCCUUUUGUCCCUCUCCAGAGACAAACUGAACCAGCUUCUGAAAGUUCUUGAAUGCGGAAAGGAUGUCCUAGAUUCUUAUAUCCGAGGGCAUGACCCAGCAUAUUGUGGCUUCUAUCAAGCAACAGCAGUGAGAGCCUUCAGCCUCUACUGCAGAUUAAAUAUACAUCUUUUACACAAGUUUGCCUCUGAAGAACAGGAUUAUCUGUCGGCUUUGGAGGAGUCGGGGGCCUGGAUAGAAAAUAGCAUUCUGCCUCCUUUCAUGUUAGAGGAACAGGAGGACAGCUUGGAGCGAUCCAGGGAAAUCCCUCAACUGGUGAUUCAGACUUACCUAACGGUGUGCAAAGAUCUAAUAGCUAUUGGACUUGGUGAUUUCGAAUUUCAAGCCAGUCUUCUGAACUUGGUAGCUAUGAUCAUACACAGAGAAAAAGGCUCCAUUUUCAUUCCAAUGUUACUUUCUAUCCUGAGAGAGAUGGUUGAAGCUUCUUUGGCCCAUGACACUGUCAACACUGAUCACAUAGCAGAACUUCUAGACGGUGUUCAGAAAAUGUUCCAGAAAAUUCUAGAAUCUAUCGCACUUAGGCUCAGAAAACAAGAAGAAGAAGGGAUUCAGUUAAUUCACUCUGUUCAAGAGCCUCUUGGAGAAUUCAUACAUGUAGUCCAGUCUUGUACGUUGGCUUUUCCAGCUGUUCACCGUGGAGUUAUUUCUUCUCUGUUAGCGGCAGCAGUGGUUGAGAUAGGUUGCAACUUGAGGCAAAAGGCACCAAAUACAGAAGAGCUAACACCACCUAAGACGUUCUUAGAUCUCCCGCCGCUUUCGAGCGUUUUAAUGGCGAUUGUGAAUAAAUCAGCAAAUGGGGUUAGGUCUUUUCUACAUGAAUUAAUGGAAUCCAUUGAGUCUGAAGAAAUUGAAGGAAUUAUUAGUCUUACCGCUUCUGUGUAUAUUGUUGCUUUAAUGGAAGGUAAACAAAACCCUUCAUAUGUGAAGGACAUUGCAUCUACCCUUCAGAGAAAAUUAACAUUGUACAGUGAGUUUACCAAGGAAGAUAAUGGCAUGGAAAGAAUGCUGUGUGAAGCUGCUUUGGGCACUGUGAAUGAAAUGCUAUGUCCUUGAUCAUGUAGACAAGAAAACAGGAUAGAAGAUAUAUUCAAAAGUUUCCAGAGAGAACCACAUGCCUUAUAGUUUUUUGCCUCAAGUGGAAAAAGAAUAUUGUUUUGACUGGUUUUUCUUUGAAAUGUUUUUGUUAUAGAUGAUUUUUUAAAAAAAAUCCAUUGUA